UGACGACUGCAUCCCGGCAAGUUUGUAAACAAAAGUUACAGACUAAAAAUAUUUACCCAAACAUCAAAGAAGUUUAUAAUGCUGAUGUGAAAGCAAACACUGAAAAUGCCUGAAAUAAAGCUCCAACAUAUUGUUUCAUUUAGUAGUGAGGAAAAGAACCAUCCAGCAGACAAUCUACUGAAGCCUGAAGGGACAUAUAAAUGGAAAUGUGCAGCACCGGGUGAAAAGAGUGUAUCUGUAGUUAUUCAGUUUGAGAAAGCGUCACAAAUACAGAGUAUAGAUAUAGGAAAUGAAGGGUCAGCAUUUGUAGAGAUUCUGGUUGGCAGGUCGUCUGCUGCCAAUGAUCAUGACUAUCAGGUAUUGUUGGUUGCAUCAUCAUUUAUGACGCCUCUAGAAGCAAGGAAUGGUACAAAUAGAAACAGUGUACGCAUGUUUGAUGCACGUAAAUUAUCAGCUGCUGUCUCCAGCCAAAAAUGGGACAGGGUGAAAAUUGUUUGUACACAACCAUUUAACAAGACAAGUACAUUUGGUUUAUCAUUCAUCAAGUUUCACAGUCCAUCACUACCUGGAGAUAAAGGUUCAGGGGAAGGUGAAAAGAAGGUUGGAUUUUUCAAGCUGAAGACAGAUGAUAAGGAUGAUGUUAAAACAGGAAGUCUGUUUUCACACCGGAAGCCAGAAACCAGUACCCCUUCUACUCCAUUGUCAGGUGCUGCAGCUGUGAGGGCAGCAUCAAGGUUAGCGGAACAGUCUAAACCAUCAACCUCUCCAUCGUCAUCAUCUACACCUGCCAAACUAGCAACUAAAGCUACUUUUGAAUCCCCGAAAGAAGAGCCCAAAAAUCAGGGAAAGAAAGUUCCCACCCCUUCACAGAACAGAGAGAAGAGAAAGCACAAUGUUAGUGAUAAUGAUGACACGGAUGAGGAGACUGAUGACAUACCUGCUCUACGUAAACAAUCUACCAGUCUUAGUUCUGUCGCAUCUAAAGACUCUGGAAAGUCCCACAAACAGCCACCUUUGAAGAAAACCAAAUCUGAGCCACCAAAAGAGUCCCCAGUGAAAGAGUUCAGCAAGUUAAUGGAUAGAGUGACAUUUGUAAUGAGCGGGUACCAGAACCCAUACAGAGCAGAGUUGAGGGAUCGAGCCUUGUCCAUGGGUGCCACUUAUAGACCAGACUGGGGGAAGGGAUGUACACAUCUUAUAUGUGCAUUUGGAAAUACUCCAAAGUAUAAUCAGGUUAAAGGUCGUGGGAAAAUUGUGGAUAAAAAAUGGAUAAAUGACUGCUAUAAACAGAAGAAAUUGUUGCCAUGGAGAAAUUAUAGAGUAGGUGAUGCAGAGUCACCAGAUGAAGAUUCUGAUGAGGAGGUUUUACCUGUUAAAUCUAAAACAGAAACACCGAAGCAGAAAACACCUAAGAAAGAAGAAAAGACACCAGUUGUGGAUGUUGCCGAUAGUGAUGAUGAUAUGUAUGGGGGAAAUACUGACUCAGGGGGAGACACUGAAGAUGAAAUAAGAAGGAUAAAAGAGGGAAAAGGUAAGAAAAAGAAGGCAAGUCCAGGGAAGAGUCCAAAGAAAGAAAGUCCGAAGAAGGCAUUACCAGCAGAUCCAUAUGAUGUAGAUACAGAUGAAGAUGAUAAACCAGGACCGAGUGAAAACAAUGAUGCAGAUUCCGAUGGUGAUUCUGGUUUGCCGGAACUUCCUGACUUUUUUGCAGACAAACAUUUCUUUUUAUAUGGUGAGAUGGAAGCUUCAACGAGACGUCUGAUGACCAGGUUUAUCACAGCUUACGCUGGUGAGUUGGAGGAAUAUAUGAAUGACAAGGUGAAGUAUGUUGUCACCUCCGCUAAAUGGGAUAAAAAUUUUGAUGAUGCAUUAUCAGAGAACCCAAACCUUGUGUUUGUGAAACCUAAAUGGGUGCAAAUGUGCCAUGAGAAAUUGAAAUGUGUACCACAUCAGCCAUACAUAGUUGUCCCCCCUGAAGACUGAAACAAAAUUGUACAGAUAAUUGUCACACAUAGAAAUAGAGAUUAGAAAAUUUAGAACCUCCCUGUGGUGAUGAUUAAAAGCUUGCUUUUACCAAUGAAUUUUGAAAACUAAAUUGUAUUAAUGUGACAUAUGAAAUGAAAGUUAACCAUGUGUUUUACAGCUAUGCUGGAUAGGGUGGGGAGUUAGUAUAAAUUUGCAAUAAAACAUUUUAGUAAUACUAGUAUUAUGUAAUAGAAAGGAACACAUCUUGUUGCAUAAAAAAUUUAAAUUAUAACUGUUGUAGGUUAGAAUUUUGGACAUGAAGUUUACAAAAGUCCUGUUGUUUUUUUAAUGAUAUAUGUGAGAUAUUAUUGUAUAGAAAAUUUUUUAGUGUGUUAUAUAAUACUUAAUGAAUUUUGAUGGCAGCUUAAUGUGAAAUGUUAUUUAACCAUUGGACUUCGACAUCACAUUUAUCCAAAUACAUAACUCUAGAAAAGCUUAGAAAACCUGGCAGCUUUUCACCUUUAUUAUCUUUUUGAUUUUCUCUCAUAAAUUUUACUGCAAAUUUUCAGUGAAGCAUCUUUAAGUGUUCCUUACCCUCUGUUAUACUAUUUGGUCCCUUUUAUUGAAAUAUUUUGCUCUAAUAAAAAAAAACUGUUUAGUUAAAGCAUACAGUAGGUAAGUUACUAACUUGUAUGUGAACAUUGUAGUGUCAUCAAGGGCUCACCCUCUUUAAAAAAACUCGUUCUAAUUGCAGUUUUAAUGAUACAAAAUUUUACCUUUUUCUUGAAUUUUAAUGAAGAGUUUUAAAUAAAAAGGAACAACAAGCAAUAUAAGUUCCGUCAAUUUUAUUGAACAUUUGUCUUCAAGACUAUAUUAACAUAUUACAGACAACAAAAGCAGUUAAAUUCUGACAAAUAUCUUAUAUUCUCUUUGGUUAACUACCACACUAAUCUCAUUUAUUAAAUAAGUAUACAUGUACAAACUUAAGCUGAGGUAGAAAGUAAAGCCAUUAAGAUAACAAUAAAAAAAAUAACACUUUAAUAACAUGUUAGCAGCUUUACCCUUAAUCUGCAGAAUUUCAUAAUGGAUUUGCCCUAAUUAGAAAUUGGAAUAGUCCAUCUAGCUGCUAACAGUAUAGGACCUGGCAAGGUUGCACAGAUGUGCAGGCUGCCCUGGCUCUAGACUGGUGGCAAAGGGCAAUCACUUUCUGUUUCAGCCGGUUAAGGGUUUGAAUAUCUAUUUCAUAUAAGAAUUAAGACUU